AUGGAUGAUGGAUCUGGUUUCAUUUGGAUCAGAGUGGACUUAAUGAGGCCGAGCGAAACCAAUAGAAAGGGCUUAUCUCCAUGCUUACCGCCUGGAAGCAUUGGGCUCAAGCUUCGUCCAACUUUUCUCGAAUUUUCUAAUCUCAUAACAAGGAGGAAAUUACGACUGGAAGAAGAGAUAUGGUCGGCUACCCCACAGAGGGAACAAGGCCAUAGAGUCAUGGUUGUUGAAUAUGAUGAAGAUGGCAAACGUAACACCAAGGUCUCAAUCUCAGCCCCACCGCCACAGCAGCAGCAAGAACCAGGGGAAUAUUUUGACAAGGAAACUAUCAAAGACGCCGCAUCCGCGCUGCCAAAUCUUGGCCAAGGCAUUUCACCUCAAGGAAAAGCUGGCGUCGGAAAACACACCCGGGAGCUUACUUGUGAUGCUUUCGGGAAAUGUACUAACAAGAUCGCCACUGUCCUUGGCAAAGCUAAAGACAAGGUUUCAGAUACCGCACAAGAAGCUAAAGAGAAGGUUAAAGAAAAGGUUUCGGAAACGGCACAUGAAGCUAAAGAGAAGGUUUCAGAGACCGCACGUAAAGCUGAAGAGAAGGUUUCGGAGACAGCAUGUGGAGCCAAGGAGAAGUUAGCUGCUCCAAAGAAGUGGAUGUCACAUGAAGCCAAAGACAAGGUCGCAGGAACAGCACAUCAAACUAAGGAGGCUGUGGGUGAUGCUUUAGGCAAAGCAAAAGAGGCAGUCGUGCCAAAGGGCCAAGAUGUUAAAGAGAGCGCAAAAGAGUCCAUUGAUAAGACCAAGGACGUGGUGGGCAUGGCUAACUUGUUGGGGUUAGCUACAGCUCAUGGGAUGAGUGUGUGGGUUAAGUUUAUUUCGAGCUAUGUUUUGGCAGGACUGCUGCCAAGACAGCAGUUUGGGGUGGUGCAGAGCAAAAUAUAUCCUGUUUACUUCAGGGCUAUGGCUUAGUUAUAGUAUUGGGUUGGCUCUCUUGGGGCACGUUUUGGAUUGUUCUCAAGCAAGCCAGAGAUGUUUCAAGCUUACAAUCUUUUGUCAUCCCUUUUAAUGGUUUUGGUCAAUGCACUGCAUUUGGAGCCUAAAGCCACAAAGGUUAUGUUUGAAAAGAUGAAAUUGGAGAAAGAAGAAGGCAGAGGAAGAGAUCAUGACUUUGUUGCUGAGGGAAGCAGGGCCACUGAGCCACCACCAAGUAGGCUCAAGAAGCUAAAUACAAAUUCAUCACUUCUUAAUGUUCUCACUCUAUUGGCUCUCACCUGGCAUCUUGUUUACCUUGGCCAGCACCUAAGCAUCAACUGUUGA